GUAUUUUGCUUAGAUCCUGCAGGUCUGCACGCCAGAUACACUAGACGUCAUGAAUUCUGAUAAUACAAACGGUGGCCUAUCUGGUACCUCACCGCAGCCUCUUGAAUCGGACAAGCUCCAGAUCUUGCAAUUGCAGUGCAUUAUUGACGCGAAAGACCGGGAAAUACAGCUUUUACGAGCGCGGAUUUCGGGCCAGGAGGUCUCAGAGGACGCUGAAGAGCUGCACGCUGAUAUUGCGCGCCUGCGGACGGAGGUUAAGCGCCUUAGCGAGGAGAAUGCUGCCCUGCGCUCCCGGGGUUUCACAGGGACCAUUUCCGAAGCCCCAGGCGAGGACCAGCAGCAGCCCGCCAUCAGCCUGAACUCCGGCGGAGCGGGCCUCGCCAGCCCUGGACGUCUAUCCAAGGAG